GCUAAUCAGCACGUUCGUCCGGCGCUUCCAGUCAGAUAAACGCGUCUUCGCUGUGGCAUUCCACAGCUUGACACUCCACACUUUCACUUGGUAGGUGAUGAUGGUCUAUUCUGCAAUCUUCCCUGGCAGACAGCAACGCCGCUCGCCCGCCUUCGUUUUGCUGGUGGCGCUCCCUGUGGUGCUCAGUCUCAGCCUCGUUUCGUAUUUGUACCUGUACCAACUGCCGUCAAUGGCGGGCAGCUCGCCUGAUCAAGUCACACAGCAACACGCCGCUAUGGAGAAACACGUAGACAUCACCAUCGUCGGUGCGGGACUAGCUGGUCUCACCGCCAGUCUGGAGGCCGCUAAUUUGGACCCGUCGCUCAAGAUUCUGCUCGUGGAGAAGGAGAAGAAGGUUGGAGGCAACUCUGCCAAAGCCUCAUCCGGCAUCAACGCGGCGCUAGACGCCGCCGACGAGCCAUUAUUCACACAAGACACGCUGAAAUCGGGUGGCGGUCUCGCGGUCGAGAAAAUCGUCGACACUUUCAUCCCCAAGACUCCAGACGCCAAGGAGUUCCUGGAGAAGUACAACGUGGAUCUGUCGGUGCUAUCGCAACUCGGCGGUCACUCAGCCAAGCGCACGCAUCGCAACAAGAGCGGACCUAACAUUGGGUUCGCAAUUAUCAGUACACUGCAGAAGGAGAUCGUUACCAGAGAUAACAUUGAGAUCCUCACCGGAGCUGUAGCCAAGAAGCUUCUACUAGCGGACGAGAUGCAGAUUCCUCCGACUGUGACAGGGGUCGAAGUCGAUCUGGCCGAUGGACAGACGCUUUCAAUCUAUAGUAAAGCAGUGAUCCUGACUACUGGAGGCUUCUCGGCCAGCCACAAGAUGCUCAAGCGGUUUGCUCCUGGUAUGGAGAUGUACCCGACAACCAAUGGUGUUUGGGCUCAGGGUGAAGGCGUCCUGAUGUCCGAAGCUAUUGGUGUGGACCUCACACUUAUGGACAAGGUACAGCUGCAUCCAACCGGUUUCAUCAACCCGAAGGAUCGUGAGGCCGGUACUCGCUUUCUCGCCCCAGAAGCCAUCCGUGGCUCUGGAGCUGUGCUGUUGAAUACGAACGGCAAGCGCUUCGUGGAUGAGUUGACCACGCGUGACAAGGCUUCGACUGCUAUACUAGGCCAACCAGGUCAGGAAGCCUACAUGUUGUUAUUCGAGGACGGUGCGAACGCCAUGGCUUCGGAACUGCCCUUUUACAAGCACAUGGGUAUCGUUACGAUGACGAAUUCGGUCGAGGAAGCUGCUAAGUUUUGCCACUUUGAAGACCCGCAGGCUCUACUGAACGAGCUGAACGAAUAUGCCGGUAUUGCCAGUGGAAACAAGGAGGAUCCGUUUGGCAAGAAGACGUUCCCGUACCCCAUUCAGCAAAUUCCCAGUAUCGACACACCGAUGCAGAUUGUGGCGAUGGAAGUGGCGCCUACGGUUCACUACACAAUGGGUGGUGUCAAGAUUACCGAGAACUCGGAAGUGAUCCACAAGAACGGCGAGACUGUACCGGGUCUGUUUGCGGCUGGAGAGAUGUCCGGUGGCCUACAUGGCGCCAACCGUUUGGGUGGCAAUUCACUCGCGGAAUGUGUCGUGUUCGGCCGCGUUUCGGCCCAGCAGGCCAUCAAAACGCUGCAUGAGUAACUAGUUCUUUGCAUGUUAAUACUGUCUUGAAUGAUACAUGUAGUAGUCGUUUCUUGAUUUGUGGAAACGUCGCGACCUUGGAAAAA